AUGUCCUCCCCUCGAGAUCACCUCCAGGACAAGUGGAAUCAUCUAUACCGCAAAGAGCUCCCUGCGCUCGCCAAGGCCAAAGAUCCAGCGCAACCGAAAUGGCCCGUCUCUCUUGACCACUGCUUCGCUCGCAUCAUCCUAGACAACGCAGUAGGGAGGGAUAGGCCGUGGCACCAGGUGUUGAAGAGCCCAGCGUACAAGCACAUGAGCCAGCAGCAGCUACAGGAUGCGAUUGGGCUUGGGGAACAGCUGGUAAGUGGUCAAGCGGACUUGGUGGCGUUGGAUGAGAAGAGCCUCGAGCUCAGGGGCAAGAGGAGUAAGCAGCAGCAGAGGACUACCAAGACGCCGAAGAAGAGGAAGGCUGUGGACCAGGACGAUGGAGCGGUACAAGGGAAGACCGAGAAAUUGUGA